UCAAAGUGUAAUUAAUCACGCUGAGUGAAAUUACAGUGACCUCGUCUAAACAAAAGUCCUAAUACUUAAAAAUAAAACACCUUGGUCAAAGUCACCAAGUGACCCAUCUCUUAAACAUCGUAAUUAAAAACAAUAUCGUCCUACGAAGAAAAAUAACAACGAAGUCUCGCUGACGUCCAUGUUGACACUGUAAUUACAUCUAAUUUCCGACCAAGCCACCAAUUAUCAAGAGUGAGUAUUCUCGAAACGAGUUCCCAGACACGAAGAACCCAUUCCACUAAAUCACGUGGAGCGCAAUCUCCGUCGAUAACUCAGUCGUUCGCCACAGCUUGUCAAAUCAUGACCUGAACCACACACGCACUCACACAACAUGGAGGUCGUCGUACGCAAACUGAAAACCCUCCUGGAGAAAUUGCUCCACCAGGAACCGCGAACCCCAAUCGACCACAACCUGCGCAAACUCUUAACCCUUCUGCGCCACCAAGAACAAGAAGUAGAAUCCACCUUGAUCACCGAAUGGAUCCACAAAGCGGUGGUCAAGUGGAGCACCUCAGGCCUCCACUUGCACCCCAAUGUUGCCGCUUUCGUCCUCGACUUGGUCGCCUUGUUGGCGAAAAACGAAGACAGAUUCUGCGCCCUCAACACCAGCAACUUCUUCAUCAAGCUGGUUAACGUUGCGAAAGCCAGAAGUUCCUGUGACGAGAACGUCAAGCUAGCGUACAUCGGGUUGCUGGGGGCCUUCUUGGAACACACGUCGGGGAUCGAGUGGAUGAUCGCUUGCAACUUCUGGGAGGAUAUAUACCAGAUGAGUUUGUCAAAUGGGAGUGACGACGUCGUUAGGGAGGGCAGGCUCUUCGUGUCCAAAAUUUUGGAGAAGACCGUGGAUUUGGACGAAGGGUUUUGCAGUGGGGUGGUCAAGAAGAUGAUGCUUCCGUUGGGGGAGAAUAUAUAUAAGUCGAUCAAAGCGUCGAGUGACAUGAGGGACGUGAGCGAGGAGGUGGCGUCAAGGUUUCUGAAACCCACGCUCACGUUGAUUGGGACUAGUUUGGAGUAUUUUCUAGAAGGGAUUUAUUUUGGGGAGAAGGACUUCAGCGUGGUUUUGGUUUUUCUGAAGAACUUUCACCUGGAGGAGAGGAUUUCCGACUUUAUGAUUAUUGCGCAAGCGAGGUGUUUGGCUUUCGAUAUCGGGAAGAUUAUGUUUGUUAUGCAGUUCUUGGAGUUGUAUGUGAAGGUGGCGACGGGUAGUGUGAAUGUGGCUACCAUCAAUGCGACGGUUAGGAGGAUGAAGAACAACUACAUGGUGAACGUGUCCAAAGGGACUGCUGAAAGUCUCAUGGAACUAAGUGGGUUUGCCCAACUUCUGUGGAAUUUGAUAGAAGCGAAGAUCCCUCCAUUGCAACUAAAAGAGUCAAAGGAUUGUUCGUUUGCAGACGAACUUUUCCUUUUCCUAAUACUACCAUCGUACUGCCUCCUCUUGAAGUUCUGUUGGGAGAAAGACAAAAUCGAAGAGAUAUUGUCAGACGAAUUUCGCGACAGAUUCCUCUACAAAGUGUACGGAAUGAUGGGUCAGGACACAGUUCGAGCUUGCUACUUCUGGCGCGACACCAUCGUCCCCCGUCCCGACAUAUUCCAAAUCUGUACCCUCGCCAAUGACCGUGUAAGACACACCCGAAAAUACUUUUCCAAAAAGGCGGCCAUCGUAGCAGCCCAAACUUACAUCUACUUCUUGGAAGAUCUGGUCAACUCCGUCAAAGACUUCCCCAGGAAGCUCGACCCUUUCCUCGACGAAUUACCCCACUUUGAGCAAGUUUUCCAGAACCUGGUGAUGCUUUUCGAGGAGUUCCACAUAACCUGGCAGGACACUCUCGAAGCGACGAACGUGCUGACCAUAGCGUUCGACUUUUUGAUGAUCAAUCGGUGGCCGACGUCCAUAGUGGUGCACGUUUUGACUCUCAUCAACGUCGCUACCGCCAAAUACAUGGCGCCAAAUCUGGCGCUCCUGCUGGACCGAACCACAGAUUCCACCAUCGCGCUAUUAGGACCUUUACUCUUCGCCAAACUCCACGACGAAGUACCACAAGUGAAGCGCGCCGCUGUCGAGGUGGUUCGAACCAUAGCCCACAUGUCUAGUACCAAAUUUCCGUCCUUGCAAAAAGUAUUAAUGGAUUCGGAGUUGCCGACCCUUGUGGUGAAGAUGUCGACGUGCGAUGGUGAAAGUUUCGUUCGGGCCACUGCGAUCAAGUGCUUACAGGAGAUGAUCCAAGUCGAAGAAAUCUGGAAUAACGCUUUGAAAACGGAAGAUCUAUCGCAAAAAAUGCGCGACAUCCUGCUGAACGAGACCGAGGGCAUCGUCCGCGUGGAGGCGGCGACGUUCAUGUGCGUCGCCUACGAGCACCAGCAGUUCCCGAAGGACAGCCUCGACGCCAUCUACGAGACCAUGAUCUACUCGUCGACGACCGACCUCCACUGGGAAGUCAAAGUACGCGCCCUCAACUUCUGGGACAAGGUGAUCAAGAACCACCUCCAGAACCAGGGCAUGAUCGACGGCAGCUUCCCGAACGUGACGUUCUCGAAGGAGCACCGGAAGAUCGUCACCCUCACCGACUCGGAGAUCCGCAAGCGCUUGCUCAAGGUCCUCGGCCAGCUCAGCGCCAUCGGCUGCCUCGGCGUGCUGACGGCCGCCAUCAAAGACGACUGUGAUAUGGAGGUGUCGAAGACGGCGGUCAAGAUCACGCAGAAGCUGGUGGACCUGCUGAAGAAGUACGCGGUGGGCGGGGAGUGCAGCGGCCCGACGAGCCCGAUCCCGACGGAGAGCGGCAUGUCGAUGAGCUCGGGGAUCUCGGUGGACGAGUCGAUGGACUCGCCGCGGUCGAGUCAGCCGGAUUUGAACGAGGAGAUCAUCGAGCAGAUCGUGAACGCGAAGGACGCGAGCUUGCUGAAGGGGGUGUACGCGCCGAGCGACUACGGCUCGGUGAGCAACUACGACUUCCAGGUGCGGAAGAUCGUGACGCCGACGGAGUUUCUGCAGUUCACGCACCAGGACCUGAACAACAUCAUCGCGGAGAAGAAGAAGUGGCUGAACGGGAUCGAGGAUUUGGGGUCGCUGUUGGACGACAUGCUGAAGACGUACGACGAGGACGUUAACAGUAUGGAUUGUUAUUAGGGGGCGGCCGCCUGCGAGCUGGGGUUGGCGAGCGUAAGAUUUAUCUCACUGACGUUGUUUUAGUUUAGUUAAGUCGAGUCACGAACUGAGUCAUUCCUUGUCAUUUUUGAUGGAGCGAGUGUGCGAAAGGUGUGAAUGUGAAUGAAAUUAUACUGAUAAUAACGGAGUGCCAUUUAUCAUGUUAGGAGUUUUCUAUGAAAUGUAGCGUUAAGUCGUAAGCUAAGAGUAAUUAAGAUUUUUUAUUGUCUAUUAUAUAGAUAAGUGUUGAAGUGUGUACCUAAUAUUUGUUAAUGUUUUUAUUGUCUACCCGUUACUUUUAUAAUAAAAUGAAAAUUUUGUU